AUGUUCCCAUCUCUGUCUCUGGAAAAUUGCAAUGGAUUCAACUCUCAACAACAACAGUUCCAGCUACAACUCAACAGCCUUCUGUUGUUUCAAUCUGCUAGGUCUGAGCAACAAUUCAAUCAAGCACAUUACUCUCAAGAAACUGCUCAAGAGAGCAUCAAUAUAUGUUCAACAGGCCAACUACAUGCUCUGAUCUCUGCGAUCACAGAAGGUCAGUUGAGAUCAGCGGGAAAUCCAGUGUUUCUGAAGCCGGAGCAGAAGGUCCAGCAUUUAGAGCAUACUGUUCAACUUCAUGGCUUCUUCAAGCCAUCAACCAACAGCAAUGCCUCUGAGUUGGUGCCCACACCGGAAGAACCACAGUCAACAUCUCCCCCCUCUCAAAAUGUUGUUGAUGCUGACAAUACUUGUAGAUUGGAGCCAGCUACCAGCAAGCCAAAGAGAGGCAGUAUGAGAGGAGGUUUGGCCAGGGGAUCAUGGAAGAUUCCCAGUGUGAUUUCGCCGAAAUGGGAGGCUGCUGCAGACUGGAAGCUAGUCAACCCCACUGAGACUUUAAAGGAGUACAAGAUGGUGUGGAGCAAUGUCAUCUCGAAAGACUGGGUACAAUUACCAAUGUAUCAGAAAUGUGCCUCUGUUUGUCAUGAAGCCACCGAGAAGAAAUAG